AUGGAUGAGAUCCUGACGCAUCUGGAGAAGGGCCUCGAGCAGAGAAUCGAAGAAAUGAAGCAGGGAAUGACGCGGCACCUCCUUUUGGCUGGGUGCAGCAGCCUCCAGACGGAGGCCUUCAAGAAAGCCUUUCAGUUGUUUUGGGCACGUUGUUCGGCAGCCGUCAAGGAAUUCGUCGCCAAAUCGUUGGAAGCCAUACGCCAAGCGUCGCUACGUUGCGCAUCUGAGAUGGGUCCAUACACGUCUGAUGGAAAGCAUGGAGCAGUGUCGGCAUUUGUGAAACCGCUUUUGGAGCACACCAUGCGCAAUGCAGGGUAUACCCCGACGAUCCAGAGGGGAGGCGGCAAGGCUCCCAAGCCCGAGCUUGACGACAACGCGCGCAAGGCUCACAAAAAAAACUCCAGAGGGAAAAUGGCGGCGCUGAAAAACGACGUUCGUCAAGCUGUGGCCAAGACGGAGCUCUUCGAUCAUGUCCGGUCUACUUAUUAUAAUACUGCGAAGCGGAACAUGCGCAAAAUGUAUAACGAUCUGACGCAGCAAUUGCAGACGGAGAGCAGGACCUUGGGCGCCCAGAUCAAGGCCAUUGAGGCUGGCCAGCCUGAGGUAGUGCGAACCGAAGCGGAGAAAGAACAGAUUGCCCACUUGCGAGGUUUGAUGCAAGACUGGCAGGAGCAGAUCUCUCAGGUUCGAUCGUUGCUCAUCGACAAUGGCCUGAAUCUGCAGUCACAGAGUCUUGGAUCGGGCGAGAACGAACCGGAAGGCAUCGGUCAUAGUGAGACUUCACUCGAAGACCAAUUUGAUUCCAACAGUAACGGUCCUGACAUCAGUGGAUUCGUUCACGAGGAAGCCGUCCACGACGACAAUGGCAACGAAGAUAAUAUCAAGCAGGAGGGAAUAAGCCCUGACACAGCAUUUGGCUAUGCUACAAACUCUGAAGUUUAG